GCUACGGAGAGACAAAUAGAACUAAGAAUGUGGACAAAGCUGACUUCUUGCAAGAAUUUUUGACCAAGUUAGAAAUCAUGAAGCCAAUCAUGGUUUCCCCCUCAAUGAGUGGUGGCUUCUCCAUCCCGUACAUUCUCAAGCACCCUCAAGCCCUUGGAGGAUAUGUACCAGUUGCACCUGUGGACUCUCAAAAGAUUGUGCCACAUGCGUCAGAAAUCAGAAUUCCAACCCUAAUCAUAUAUGGAUCUAGGGACCAAAGUCUGGGUGUGGAGUCUCGAAAAAACCUGAUCAACAUCCCAACAUCUCAGGCAGUAGAGCUACCUGAUGCAAAGCACCCAGCUUAUCUGGAUAGGCCCAACCAGUUUCAUACUCUGCUCUAUAACUUCAUUAAGCAAGUCCAUGCCCAUAAAGUCUAGUUUAGUAUUCCUUCAGUAUGUUUUGUUGAUUUUUUUUCUUCUUUAACUAUAAUUCCUAACCCUUCAGGAUUUUGUGCUACGGAUUAUUUUAUAAAAUGCAUGUAGAUAUUUAGAUAUAUCAGAGUAUAUAAAAAAAACUCAUAAUAUGACAAUAAACAACAAAGAUUCAGGCCAUUGCAUUAAUCCAGUUUUUUCCAUGGUUUUCUUUUUCUUUUUUUUUUUGCAAAUUAAAAUUGAAACCUAAUAAACUAAUCAUUUGCCUGUUUAUAUUAAAUUAUGAUUAGCCCAAAUAGGUUCAAAUAAUUGCUUUUAUCUAACACAGUGUACAUUCACCUAGAUAACUUAUCAUAGAAUGCCAUAUUUAGUAGAAAAAAAGAAGUUGGUAACAUGCUUGCACCUUCUUGGAAGUUUAUCUAAGAAAUAGAUUUAUAUAUUUUUGGCUGUGAAAAUGUGGAUGUAUUCAUUAUCAUUAUCCCAUUAUUAUAAAAGAGAGAAGGCAUUCAGUUUGUUGAAAAAAGAGCACAAGGUGAUUGGAUAUACAUGUUGUCUUUGUAAUGCUCAGCAACUCGUAGGUUCUGCAACAGAUAUUUAUACUCGUAUUAAAUUACAUUUGUUUUUGAAGGCUAGUGUUGAUAUAUAUAGUGUUUAAUGUAUUGUUUACACUAAAAUAGUGAAGCUUGUGGUUUGUGGUGAUAAAUGAUCUUGUUUGCUUGAAUACUUUACCAUGUAAUGAAUAGUAACAAUCUGUAAUAAAUGUGUGCUCGCACACACACACACGCACACACACACACACACACACACACACACACACACACACACACACACACAGAUAUGCACGUAUUUAUGGUUUAUGUAUAUAUUUCCCAGGAUAACAAAUGAAAAAGCAGAAAGAAAAUGUGGCAAUGUGUUUUCCUUUGGUUGGGAUAUUGUUUCAGGUGAGAAUGGACUGCACUUUAGUUGAAUACUUUUUCAAAUAUCUUUGUUUCAAGACAGAGUUUCAUGUUAUUUUCUAUAAAUAAAGUGGAAAUAAAAAAA